AUGGCGUGGUGGCAACAACUCAGAGAAUCACGACGACAAGCAGGCAAACAACGACACAACUCUUGGGAGCGACUCAACAAGCAUAUGUGGCGCAACUUCCUUCCUUACAAUUAUGACCGCACUCUGUAUAACAAAUUACAGAACUUACGACAAGGAAAUCGGUCCGUUGAGGAAUAUGCGACUGACUUUUUCAACUAUGCUGCACGAGUACCAGCGGCAGAAUCCGAGACUCAGAUGAUAGUGCGGUUUAUUGGAGGUCUCCGUCCGCAACUUCAAAACGCGUUACAGCAAUUCAAACCCUUAUCCGUCUCAGAGGUACAUCAGCGAGCAGCAGCAAUGGAGGUGCAACUUCGUGCGUCUCGGACGUCUAACUCGUCCCGCCCUCGUAGUCAACAAACCUCGUUCAGUGAGGUACAAACAACAAACAAAAUUGAUGGACAGACUACUCAAGCAGACACAAGCAUAACAAAUAAUACGAUAGACACAAGUACGUCUUCGCGACCAGCACGUACCAAUGCCCUUCGGUGUUUUACUUGUGGCAAAAGAGGUCACAUUCAGACCGCUUGCCCAAAGCAGACACGCCGAGGACUGGUGAUCCAGGACGCUGACGAUACUAGUCCACUAUUUGAUGAGUCUGAAUCGGAUCACGAGGACACAGAGGAUGUGAUUCACGGAGAUACCGGUGUUUGUCUGGUUCUUCGACGAAGUUGUCUUCAACCUCAACCAUCACAAGAGUCAUGGCUUCGAUCUAACCUUUUUCGCACAUGUACAAUUCAAGGAAAGAUUUGCAAGUUAAUAAUUGAUUCGGGUAGUUGUUCAAAUGUGAUCGCACAGGAGGCAGUUUGCAAGCUCGGUUUCAAGACGACUCCGCACCCAGCACCAUAUAAGCUAGCAUGGUUGAAUAGCGACACUGAUCUUUUUGUCUCGCGACACUCAUUAGUGGCGUUUUCAAUUGGUACGUACAAGGAAGAAGUAUUGUGUGAUGUCGCGCCUAUGGACGCCUGCCAUCUGCUGCUAGGCAGACCAUGGCAAUAUGAUCGUGAUACCCUCCAUAAGGGACGUACGAACACAUAUAGAUUUACGUUUGGGGAUCGGACAAUCACUCUGCUUCCAUCGAACGAGCAUACUAAAACCUCCACUCCCAGCGUGGAUGAUCAAAACAAGAAGCAACAAGAUCAACCGCCCCAAUCUCUCAUCACAUUACCUAAAGCAGCAUUUGAGGCAGAACUUGACGCGACCACACCCAUGUUUUCCGUAAUCGCGGCGCCAUGUCUCGCUGCUUCAAGAAUGGAGGUUCCAAACGCUUUCACUAACCUACUGUCCGAGUUCCAGGAUGUUUUUCCAACAGAUCUUCCUCAUGAGCUACCACCAUUACGUGAUAUACAACAUCACAUCGACUUGAUGCCAAAUUCAGUUUUGCCAAACCGGCCCUAUUAUCGCAUGAGCCGGCAGGAACACGACGAACUCCGACGUCAAGUGGAGGAGCUGCUUUCAAAAGGCCACGUCCGAGAAAGUUUGAGCCCAACCGCAGUUCCCGCCUUAUUGAUCCCAAAAAAAGAUGGAUCUUGGAGGAUGUGUGUCGAUAGUCGCACAAUUAACAAGAUCACAGUUCGUUACCGUUUUCCUAUCCCGCGACUAGAUGACCUGCUCGAUCAAAUAGGACAUGCGGCCAUCUUCACAAAAUUGGAUCUAAAAAGCGGUUACCAUCAAAUACGGAUACGACCAGGAGAUGAAUGGAAGACAGCAUUCAAGACGCGUGAAGGACUUUUUGAAUGGAUGGUGAUGCCGUUUGGUUUAUCUAACGCACCUAGCACAUUCAUGAGAGUCAUGAAUCAGGCGUUACGCCCUUUCAUUGGCAAAUUCGUCGUCGUUUACUUCGACGAUAUCUUGGUGUUUAGUGCUUCCCUUCAAAGUCACUUGACGCACCUCAAAGAAGUCUUAACAGUACUACGGCGUGAUAAGCUCUUUGCUGCCCGGCAGAAGUGUGUUUUCGGGGCUUCCGAGGUUCUGUUUUUAGGCUACAUCGUCUCCACUCGUGGACUGGAAGUUGAUCCAAGCAAAGUCGAAUCUAUUAAAACUUGGCCGACCCCAACUACUAUCAGCACAGUUUGGAGUUUUCAUGGUCUCACUUCUUUUUAUAGACGCUUUAUUCACCACUUCAGCAGCAUAACGGCGCCAUUAACUGAUUGUAUGCGCGGAACAAGCUUCUCGUGGACACCUGCAGCUGACGUCGCGUUCAACACAAUUAAGGAGAAACUCACGACGGCUCCGAUAUUGGUCCUCCCUGACUUCACUCUUGUUUUUGAGUUGCAUUGUGACGCAUGUAAACUCAGAAUUAGAGCUGUUCUCAGCCAGCAAAGUCGACCCGUGGCAUUUUUAGCGAAAAAAUAG